AUGCGGCCAGAAGAGAUUGAGAACAUAUUGAAGCGGUUAGAAAAUGGUGAAAUUUCGGAAGACGAUUCCACCGACAAUGAAGAUGACAUAGACUAUUAUUCGAGCCAAAGAGAUCGUCUGAUGGAGCUAGAUGAUGAAGAGGAUGUAGGUAAUUUUCCCACUGACCCAAACUUGGAUGCAGAUCCGCCUGCAGCAAACGUAGAUACCGACAUGCAACAUAAUUUAGAGACUGUUGAACGAAACCCAACUCCUACAACCAGCAGCCAGAACAACCUGCAAACUGCACCUUUCAACUCUAGAAACUUAGUGUGGAGAGUAAAAAAUAUGGAUUUAGUCCAAAAUGCUUUCCAGUUUGCUGGAAAUACUGAGUAUUCACAAGAAAUUAUGAACUUAGACACUCCAUUUCAGUUUUUUUCUUAUUUUUUCGGUGAAGACAUUUUGAGAUUUCUAGUGGACGAGUCAAAUAAAUAUGCCUUCCAAAAGAAUCCCAACUUUACAGAACCUGUAACUGUCUUAGAAUUACGUAAAUUUAUUGGAAUUCUUAUUUUUACUAGUGUAUAUCAUUAUCCUAGUGUCCGGUCAUACUGGUCAAACAUUACAAAGUUUGAACCCAUAGUACAAACAAUGAAUCGCAACAGAUUUGAUAAAAUUAGAGAAAUUUUUCACAUGAAUGACGACUCUAAACAUUUGCCCAUUGAUCACCCCCAGCACGACCGACUGCAUAAAGUAAGACCAGUGAUAGACUAUUUGAACAAGAAAUUUAUUACUUUACCAUUUGAGCAUCGUCUAUCACUAGACGAGCAGAUGUGUUCCACAAAAAUGAAACAUUUUAUGAAACAAUAUUUACCCAACAAGCCCCAUAAGUGGGGAUUCAAAUUAUACGUGUUAUGCUCUCUGUCUGGUUAUGCCUACAGUUUUGAGAUUUACUCGGGAGCUAAGGACAUGGACCGUUUACCUGGCGAACCAGACCUCGGAGCUGUGUCGAAUACAGUUAUUCGAUUGCUACGGCCAGUACCAAGGCAUGUCAAUCAUAUAAUUUAUUUUGACAAUUUUUAUACGAAUAUUCCUCUGGUACAUUACUUGACCAACGAAGGUAUUUAUUGUCUUGGAACAGUACAGAGAAACAGGCUUGGAAAGUCGUGCAAGUUGCCGGAGAAACGGGAGAUUAUGAAAUCCAACGUACCCAGAGGAACAUAUCACGAAAAUGUGGCCUCUCACGAAGGCCUAGAAUUGUCGGUCACAAGUUGGAAAGACAACAAACAGGUAUUAUUACUAUCCACGUAUGUUGGCGCUGAACCAGCGGAUACUAUAACCCGCUACGAAAAAAAACUAAAGGCCAAUAUUCAAAUAUCAUGUCCUCGGGUUGUAAAAGAAUAUAAUGCACACAUGGGCGGCGUUGAUUUGAUGGACAGCUUCAUUGGUCGAUAUCGCAUUCGCAUAAAGUCGAGAAAGUGGACAACGAGGCUCUUCUACCACUUGUUAGACAUGACUGUCAUCAAUGCUUGGGUACUGUACAAAAAGGUAAACACAAGGAAAGGAAAACUUCAGAAGAAUAUUAUGAAGUUAGCAGAUUUUAGAACUGAGCUUGCCGAUACUUUAUGUAGAUAUCAAAGUCACUCAAAAAAUAAAAGGGGCAGACCCAGUACCAACAGUCAACAAGACAAUACAGUACCCUCUAAAAAACCCCGGACAGGUGCACAAGUACUACCCCCAACUGACGUGCGUUCCGAUUGUAUUGGCCAUGAAAAAAUAUUUAUGGAGUCUAGGAAUAAAUGUAAAUUUAGUAAUUGUAGGAAACUUACCUCCUGGUUCUGUAAAAAAUGCAAAGUAUCGUUAUGCGAUAAUAAAAACAAUCGAUGUUUCGCAUUAUUUCAUGCAUAG